GGUGGGGGUCGGAGCAAUGUGCUCGUAGUUUUCCACGUUUUCGCAGGUCGCAGAAUGUGGUCCAGCCGGCCUGCGAUUGCUGUGCCUUCGGACCAGCGACCUCCUUCUCUCAGAGCAGGUUGUGCUCGGGCUGCCAUCGAUCAAGAGUUCUCUCGCAUUUCUUGGUAUACCCAUGGCUCGCCCGCAUGAUGUCAAGCAUCCUGCGAGUGGCAUGGAAGUCAUGCCAUCCGGCAAGUGUUUCGAGACACGCGAGUGUUAUCACGUGUGUUGUGGCUAUAAUACAGGAGCCGUGGACGGAUACCUCCUUGAUUCGGCUUGGAGGGCGUCGAUGUGGAGGUGGCAGCCCGAGCUGCGCUCCGCUCUUCCAGCCUCUGGCGCCUCGGGGCCUGCGCCCGCCGUGCCUCGGACGCCGGCGAGGAGCCUCGAGAGCCUCGAAAGCCUCGAGAGCCUCGAAGACCUCGAGCACCUCGAGAGCCUCGAGCACCUCGAGAACCUCGCAAGCCUCGAGCACCUCGAGCACCUCGAGCACCUCGAGAGCGGGGAGAGUACGAGGGAGCCUGGAGCUGCAGCCUGCAGCAUCGCGAGUCGCCCGAGCCACGUCGCCUCCCACAGCGGCUCCCUCGGGCGUCAGACCGCCAGUCGAAUUCCGGCCACGUGCGAGCCAGCGAGUCCUGAAGACCAGCGGGCGUACGAUAGCCUCCGGCUCGGGGUGAGGGCAGCCCAGUUGUGGCACACAUAUCGGCCACGUUGCCGGGACAGCAAAAAGAGGAUG